UCGCAGCCUUAUUCCCUUCCUGUCUGCUCUUGGUACGCUCCGGAGCAGAAUGGCUACUGUGGUUGUCGGAGGUUCCAAUCGGCUCCUGCGGGAGGCAAUCAAACGUUCAGCGCUGCGCGUACCGCUUGCUGCCGCGCCUAGUUGUUGGAAAUGCCCGCAAGGAGCAAAACGUUAUUUAUUAACAGAAGAGGUUCUGAGAUUACAUGAAUUUCAGCAGCAGAAGUUGGUAAUUGGAUGUCAACUACAUGGUGAAAAAGAUACAUAUUUUAGUACUGUUGAAGAAAAGCUAAUGAAAAAUAGGUUGAUUCUCAAAGAUGAAUUGAAAAUGUUGCUGCAUUUGUGCCAGACAGAAAGUGAUGUGGAAGUAGCCAAGAAGGUUAUAUACAGGUACCAUGCAGAAAACAAAAAUGUGGCCUUCGGAGAGUUUAAAUUUGGCCCUAUCUUUAUGAGACUGUGUUAUGAAUUGGACCUUGAAGCGUCUGCUGUAGAACUCAUCAAAGACCAGGCUCUGCAUGGCUUCUUCUCAGACUGCACGUCAUUCAAUAUUUUGAUGGAUCUGCUGUUUGUAAAAAGUCGUUAUGAAUGUGCUCUGGACGUGCUGUUAGAAAUGAGGAAACAAGGCGUAAAAUUCAGUAGAGACACCUGUAUGCUUGCAUAUGCAAUAUGCUACAAACUGAACAGCUCAGAGUCUUGCAAGAUUUGUACUACCUUACUGGAAGACAUGCAACUCAAAGGAGUCCUGAUGCCAAGAAGAGUGUACUGCUUUGCAGUGGCAGUUGCUCUGAAACAGAAUGAUGUCACAAAAGCCCGUUCCCUUUUUUCUCAGAUCAAGGAUACAGAAAACAGAAUAUGCAGUAAUCUAAAAGUUCUUCUUCAGGCCAAAUCUGGAGACCUUGAAGGCCUUGUACAGACAGUGGAAAGAGCUUCAGACCGUGCUUCUGUGUUUGUGAAAAGACAUGAAUUCUGCAUGCAGGUGCUGACAACGGCCAGGGAGAAGCUACAGGGAGACCCAACCCUUUAUGUCCGCUUUGAAGAAACCUUUGCCAAGCUGCAAGCCUCAGGACAGGUAACUUCCCUGACUCUGGAUGACUUGCUGUGCCAGAUGCCACGCACAAGAAAGCACUACACACAGCUGUUGAAGCAAAAAAAAGUGAGCCAGCGGACAUUCAAGCCACUUCCGUCUGCUUUGCUGUCUGAGUAGAACCAUGUUUGGACUGCAUUUCCCCUGAUAGGAUUUGUCCCCAAUAAAAUGUCUCCGUUGUAUAUAAA